AUGCAAGCCAGGGAGAUCACAGGACUGAAUUAUCUACUCCCUUCAGACCCUUGUCCUUACCCUGGUCACUACAGCAUGGUUCAGAACACCACCCCCACAUUUCAACUCCACAAACUCUCUAACCAAUUCUAUGGUUUCCAAAACCCUCAGCAAGUGGCUACAGAAUUCAGCCCCCCUCAGUCCUCAUGCAUCAGCAGCAACUCAACCUCUGAUGAAGCAGAUGAGCAGCAGCAAAGUCUCAUCAAUGAGAGGAAGCACAGGAGGAUGAUAUCCAACCGUGAGUCAGCUCGCAGGUCACGCAUGAGGAAGCAGAAGCACCUUGAUGAACUGUGGUCACAGGUGGUUUGGCUGAGAAAUGAAAACCACCAGCUAAUGGACAAGCUGAACCAUAUGUCUGAGUCACAUGAUAGAGUUGCCCAAGAAAAUGUUCAGCUGAGAGAAGAAGCCUCAGAACUUCGCCAAAUGAUAUGUGACAUGCAGCUACAUAGUCCAUAUCACCCUCCUCCCUUGAGCCCCAUCGAAGAUGAUGUCUCUCCCUAUGUCAAAUCUGAUUCCUCAAUCACAAGCUCCUUGGACCUGCUUGGUUGA